AUACCAAAUAAUGAUAAAUUCGGUACGGUAUUCGAUAUAUCUCAAAUGCCGGUACCAAACUUCCGGUUCUAAUUCCAUCCGAGCCAUACAGGUUUUAGAGACAAUAUCAUCGUACGAUACUUUUUGUAUUUGUACAUUUUCAGAAGAUUGAAACGGCACGCCGUUUGUGCUCCCCCGGGCCACAACUCAGCGCCAAAUGGAGAAAGGCAUCGGACUUGGGAAGAAGGAGGCGAGGAGGCAGCCCGGAGCCAGAAGCCAACUCAUAUCUUAAUGAGAGAAACUGCACAAGUUACCUUUUCAUUCAUUUUUGGCUUUGCUUCUUCUUCUUCUUCUUCUUCUUCUUCCUUUACAGUUCUCUUCAAUCUCCUUCCCUUUCUUCCGGUCCAAAGCCACCUGUGAAAGGAAAGUUAAGGGGGCCACCCGUGUCUCUAUCUCCCUCUCUGUACAAACUUUCCCUGCGGACUCAAAAAUAGCAAAACCUUUUCCUCCUCCUUUGUGUAUUCCUUGCUUGCCUUUAAUCCGGCUAACAAAUUCACUACUUUCCCUCGUUUGCCUCCUCUCCGUCUCCAACUAACAAUCCAUCGCCAACCACCAGAAAGAAAAGCCUCUUCCUUUCCCUUCCCUUCCCUCUCUUCUCCACAUUUCACAUUCCUCAACCUGCAACAUGAAGCCUUACCUUGCUGUUUUCGGACCACCAGAGUCUAAGAAAAGAUCUUGGCUUUGCAGUGUCUUCAUUGCAGCUUCUUUGAUUUGUGGUAUAUACUUUCUGGGUUUUGCAUCUGUUGGGAAGGAAUAUAAAGAAAGAUUCACUAAAUGGCCAGUCAUUGGAUCGAUAUCCGGUGUAAAAGCUGUCAAUUGCAAGAAUCAACGGAUGCCCGUUGGCAGCGAGCCUUUGCCCAGUGGCAUAGUUGCAGAAACAUCUGACCUGGAAAUGCGUCCUUUAUGGAGUACUUCUACAAAAAAAGAAAAAAAACAGAAGCAUCCGAUGAGCUUGUUGGCAAUUGCUGUUGGAUUUCAGCAAAAAGAGGUUGUCAACCGAAUUGUUGGAAAGUUCCCAUCAAGUGAUUUCAUUGUGAUGCUGUUUCACUAUGAUGGCGUGGUGGAGAAAUGGGGGGAUCUUUCAUGGAGUGAUCGAGCAAUUCACAUAUCUGCUGUAAAUCAAACUAAAUGGUGGUUUGCCAAGCGGUUCUUGCAUCCUGACAUAGUUGCUGAAUACGAUUAUGUAUUUAUUUGGGAUGAAGAUCUUGGAGUGGAGAAUUUCAACCCCAGCCGAUAUUUGUCAGUUGUCAAAGAACAGGGGCUUGAAAUAUCGCAGCCAGCACUUGACCGUUCUAAGUCAGAGGUGCAUUUCCCUAUUACUGCUCGUAACAGAAAAUCUACAGUGCACCGGAGAAUGUAUAAAUACAAAGGAAAAGGAAGAUGCUUUGACAACAGCACUUCUCCACCGUGUACUGGUUGGGUUGAAAUUAUGGCUCCUGUUUUCUCAAAGGCAGCUUGGCGCUGUGUGUGGUACAUGAUACAGAAUGACUUGAUCCAUGCUUGGGGUUUGGAUACACAACUUGGAUAUUGCGCGCAAGGUGACCGGGCAAAAAACGUUGGUGUGGUUGAUUCUGAGUACAUAGUACAUCUCGGUUUGCCAACACUUGGAGUCUUUAACAAAACUGAGGCACAGUCGGAGACCCAUAAAGUCGAUAACAGGCCUGAAGUGAGGAUGCAAUCUCAUAUGGAGAUGCUGUUAUUCAAGAAGAGAUGGGAAAACGCAGUAGUGCAUGACAAAUGUUGGUUUGAUCCAUAUCAGUCCCCAGUAAACCAUACAACCAAGUGGUGACUUCAUCCGGAGGUGCUGCUGCAGCCUGCAAGAGAAGCGUGUGUAUAUACAUAUUGUGGAGCUCCAAGGAGAGGGGUUCGAGUUUGUCAGCACGGGUAUUUAUGGUAGUGUGAUUGGAUUCCAGGUCUUGAAGCAGCUGAUUUUAAUCUGAUGACGGAGGCGGGGAAUGCCAUUGGAACGAGUGUCUGCAGAAUGGCAACUGGUAAUGCGGAGGAGAGGGGUGUGUGCAUAGUUUUGGUUGGGUUGGGUGUGUUCAAUUAUUCACCAUUCUUUGGUUUGUAGAUGUGCAACUUCUUCUUGAGGGGUUUCUGUGCUCUGCUUGUAAGCUUAUUUGGUGGUGGUUUGAUGAAAAUCAGCUAGUGAUUCGAGUUCUUUCGCCUGUCAAGCAUAGUCAAGUUUGGUAAACAGUUGCUGGCUCUUCUUACUUUCAAGAUGUCCCAAGUGGUCUAUGAAAGACAGUAGGAGGGUUGUGAAGAUCCACACAAAAUGCAUCGGCAAAAGAAGCACAUAGCUGUGGUUGUGAGCUUGUGGCCAAUCUGAAUUGAUAAAUGCUUACGAAUCCACCAGGCCAAGUAUUAAGCUACUAUAAAAUGAGGUGUCAAAGCAUCUUCCAUUUAUCCCAAUGAGAGUAUAAAGGUGCCCAAUGCCAAAGAGUAGCAUAAGAUCUAGUAUAACCUUCUCUCAACAACUCGUGUUAUUAGGAGCAAUUGGUUUAUGACAUGGUAUCAGAAUUGGUUUGGCUAAGUGGUUGUAUGUUCGAAUCUCCAUGAUCUCCAAUAUUAACCUUUGAUUAAAACAAAAGGUAUUGUGAUGGCUGUGUAAACUUUAAGCCCAUGAGUUGGUUUCCGUUUGAGUGGGCUUGUUAGGGUGGUAUAAGUUCCAGCAUAAUCUUCUCCCGACAACUCGAAUUAUUGGAACUAACUGGUUUAUGACAGUCGAAUAGUUAUUGGUUGUUUGGAUGAAUAUUUUUAAUAAAUCAAUUUGACCCAAUUAUAUUGUUUUGAGACAAUAUGGUCAAAUUGUUUCGUUUGGUCGCACAAAAUUUAGAUGAAACAAUUCUGUUUGGGGAAUUUCAAAUUGACUCCUUUUGAAACAAUUACAAAUGUUUUAGGUGGGGGCAAACAAUUCGAAUUGACUCAUUUUAAAUUACUCAUUUCGUAAAACGAAACAAUUGGCAAAAUUUUAUCUCGUUUUUCAAUUGAUCCAUCCAAAUGAUUCCUUAUGAGAAUAGCUAAGACUUGUAUAUAGGAAGACCAAAUGUUGUGUAGGCCUGUAGGGGUGGCAAAAAUAUUCACCAACAUGGUGAACCAUCCCACCCCGACUUGAUCAAGAAAGGUAAAACUUAGAGUUAAAUAUUAGAUCAAAAAUAUUCACCAAUGAAUUCUUAUUCUUCUAUAUUUCUCAUAAUAUUGACUAUUUAUCCUUAUAAUUGUAACAUUUUCACUUGUAUUAUAGAUAUAUACAUUUAGAUGAAGUAAUAAUAAAAACCAUUCUUCAUAAAUAAUCGAAACCCAAACAAAGUAUAAAUAUUAUUUUUAUUUACUAUCCGAAUAUUGUACAAAUACUAGUAUGAAUAAAAUCUGAACUAUUAAUGAUAGGGCAAAAAAUAUUCUGCAACUGCAAGGAAUCAUAAAAGUGUACUAGUGUGGGUCCCGGCCAGUUGGCCGGAGGAAUGUGAGGUAUGAAAUUUGAUAAUGCAAUGGGUGUAUAGCUUAUUAUUGCAUAGUUUUUUUUUUGGAAACUCGUGAUAAAAAUAGUGAAUUUUAGUAGGAAAGAGACAUGAAUGAUGCAAUGAAUCAAAAAUCGGUCUUAUGAACCAAAAUCAAGUACAUGUUACCUU